AUGGGUGAAAAUAAUUUCGAUGGGGCCUCAAAAGGUAAUCCGAGGACUUCAGAUACGAGAUGUGUGGCCUGUGAUGAUGAAGGGAAUAUUCUCUUCAUAGGAGCAAGAAGGCUUCAAGAUGGAAUCGACAAUGAGGUGGAGGCUAGAGUGGCCUUACUGGAGGCUGAUUUGGUAGUAAACAUGAAGGCAAUGAAGGUACAUCUGGAGGGCGAUUCCCAGAUUGUGGUCAAUGCCUCGAUCAAAGGUGAUACCCCGUGUUGGAAGUUGAAUAAUUUCAUACACAUAAUUCGUGAAAAGCUAAAAUUCGUCCAAUAUUUUUGUAUCUCCCAUGUGAAAAGAGGAGGAAAUGUCAUUGCUGACGGCCUUUCAAAUGUAGCGUGUGAGCUUUCUAUAGGGGAAGUGAGGUGGUGUGAUUGUAAAGAUGGUAUCGUGAGAUGGAGUUAA